AUGCCGAGCCACGGCUACGAAAGGGUUGCAGCCAACGACGACGCGCACUCGCCCGUCGCAUCGCUCUCCGCACAGCAGUGGCCGCCCGCCUCGCCGCCCCCGUCCUUCCACUCGCGCGCCUCCUCGCCCACGUCACGCCGCCUGCUCUCCGACGACCCCCUCACACACCCCGAAGACCGCACGCUCGCCGACACCUUUGAUUCCGACUCGGACGACGACGAGGACGAAGACGGCCGCGAUGAUCGCCAGCGGCUGAUGCGCGGGAAUCCACUGCCCGACGACGAUGCACCGCCACCGCCGGGGCUGCAGAGGAGGGUGACGGAACUGCCCGCCUUCCACACACAGGCGCCUGCCAGCGGGCGCGUGUAUGGCGGAGGGAACGGCGGUGUGUGGGCCAACCUGAGCGCGAAGCCCACAAGAGGGGAGGAUGUCGAGGAGAAGCCUCCGACAUACGAACAAGCCGCCGCCGACGCAACACCGCCGUACUGGGAGACCACGAUCCUCGCUCCCGGCACUUUCGGCGACGAGGUCUUCGUUGAGGGCCUGCCCGUCGGCUCCCUCUUCAGCUUCCUCUGGAACGCCAUGAUCUCCAUGUCCUUCCAGCUCGUCGGCUUCCUUCUCACCUACCUCCUGCACACCACCCACGCCGCAAAGAACGGGUCUCGCGCCGGCCUCGGCAUCACCCUCGUCCAGUUCGGCUUCGGCUUCCGCUCCGCAACGCUCAACCCCGCCGGCUCGAGCAACGACAACCCCAACCAGGACUUCAACGGCGGCGUGCCGAGCGAUCCAAAUGCGCACAAUUUCAAUCCCGACGACGUCGCGACAAGUGCUGGCGGUGCUGGCGGUGCUGGCGGUGCUGAAGCGGCUGCGGGUGCGAGCGCGAGCGUAACGGGGAGCGACUGGUUGGCGUACGGGCUGAUGAUCGUGGGCUGGUUCAUCCUGAUCAAGAGCGUCAGCGACUUUGUUCGCGCGAGGAGGCACGAGCAGUUGGUUCUGCAGAGCCCUGAUAGAGGGCUGGGCGUCGCCGUUGUCGCCGAGGGCGAGAGCCCCGAGCGCAGCGUCUAG